AUGGUGAUCGAGGACAAGAAAUAUUCGUUCGAUCGCGAUCUGAUCGGCUACGGCCAGCAAGGCAGAAAUGCGGAAUGGCCGAAAGGAGCACGCAUUGCAGUCAGUAUAUGUGUGAAUUACGAGGAAGGCGCAGAGUCAACGGUGUUGAACGGAGAUGGUCAAUCAGAGAUCAUGAACUGGGAAAAGGCCGGCGGACCUGCCUUCGUCAACGCACGCCAACCCAAUGUCGAAUCCGAGUACGCGUACGGUUCGCGCUCGGGAAUCUGGAGGCUGCUGCGAAUUUUCGCGGAGCGCUCCUAUCCAUUCACCCUGCUGGCCGUGGGACAAGCUCUGGAAAUGAACCCGGCCGUGGCCAAGGCCUGUGUCGAAGCCGGCCACGAGAUCGCCGGCCACGGAUACCGCUGGCUUGAUUCUCGAGACCUACCACCCGCGGAGGAGAAGGAAACGGUGAAGAGGGCCAUCCAGGCGAUCCAGAACACGGCCGGGGUGGACCCGACAGGUUGGUACGUGGGCAGGAUCAGCCCGAACAGUAUCGGCGUGGUGUGGGAGGCGUUCGAGGAGAUGGGACUGCAGUUGAAGUGGCAGAGCGACUUUUACGGCGACGAUGUGCCUGUCUGGACACACCUGCCCGCCGGGCUGGUGAGUGUGCAAGAAGAACAAGCAACUCGGCGGCGGCAGCAGCAGCAGGGAAAAGACGCAAGGCCGAAAGAAGGCCUUUUGCACGUCCCCUACUCGUACGACUGCAACGACAUGAAAUUCCAUUUCGCGGCUGACGGGUUUGGCGGCGCGUCGUUCUUCGAGUACCUGGUGGACGCCUUCGACAUGUUGUACGAGGAAGGCGGGAAGAUGAUGUCGAUCGGCAUCCAUCCACGAAUCGUGGGCAAGCCCGGCCGUGCCAGGCAGUUGCAGAGGUUUCUGAACUAUAUCAGCUCCAAACCGGACGUCUGGGUGUGUACUCGAGCAGAUAUUGCGGCGCAUUGGAGGGAUCGGUUUCCAUAUCAAACCGUGCCGGGAAGCGACUGA